AUGUCGUUCACAGGCGAUCCUUCGAAGAUUCCUCCCCCCAAAUCCGGCUCCACCGAGGCGUACAAUAUUUUGGCAUUGGACGGUGGUGGUGUGAAGGGGAUAUCGUCAAUGAUGAUUCUCAGUAAAAUUAUGGACCGCGUCCGCGACGUUGAGAAUGAGGCCAAACGAUCGAGGGGCGAACCCACUGACCCAGAGGAAAGAAAGCCCGUAGAUUAUUUCGACCUUGCUGCAGGGACAAGCACUGGCGGACUCAUUGCCCUUAUGUUGUUCCGUCUCGAGAUGAACUGCACCAAUGUGAUUUCACAAUACCAAGAUUUGGCCGAGCAGGUCUUCAGCCCAAUGCUUGGAUCGAUCCGUCUCAAUAGCCUUGGGACUAUUGGGAAGUGGAUUGGUGAUAUCUGGCUGAAGCUCAAAGCUCUCGCUGGUCGAUCACAGUUCUCUCACAAGCCGCUUGAACAGGCCAUCGACACAGUGGUGGGGAAAUUCCCUCUUGACGAUGAUGACCGAGUCAGAAAGGGAGACGCCGCGCUCGUCAAACCGAGUAAAGGCCAGAUGUUCAUGUGUGCGACUUUGGCCGAUAGAGGAGAGAGCAUCCUGCUGCGCAAUUAUGACCCUCCAUUUGCACCGCUUCCGGUGUCCAACGGGGCUAGCGACCUCAAAUUCAAUGCCAUCACUAUCAAAGAAGCAGCCCGCGCAACUUCUGCCGCACCCACUUAUCUCAAGGAGGCUAGCAUCCAGGGACUGAAUUUCUGGGACGGUGGACUCCUGAACAACAACCCUAUUGUGCAGGCGUGGGACAAUCGGUAUGACCUUGUCUUGCGCGAUGCUCCGCCUCCCCAAAUCAAGUGUAUCGUGAGCUUAGGGACCACGCAUCCCGAGUAUGACGAGAAGAAGCGCCCGGGAUCCGGCCUUAUGAGGUUCUUCAACACCAUCACCAAGACAGUGGCCUUUGUGACCAACACCGAAGCCAAGCACCGUGACUUUGAUCGGAACAUGCGACAGCGCAACGAACGAGUUCCAGACAGGAAGACCUCGUACUACCGGUUUAAUGCGUCGACGGGAAAGGACGAUAUCGAUCUGGGGGAUUAUCUAAAAAUGCCACAACUCAUGGAAUACACCGAGACGUAUCUGAAGAGACCCGAGAUUGAUCUGUGGGUCGGUGAAUGUGCCGCCUUGCUUGCGAAGACGAACCAGCCCUGA